AUGGCGGCUUCGGAGGAAGUGUGGCGGGAGGCCUGGGUCGGCUCGCCUUUCACGGGCAAAGUUGUGAUCCGUCGGGACAUCAAUCGCGUUGAGCACUUAGCCGUGCUCUGCGAGGCUGUCACGACCAGGUAUGGACAGGAGGCGGAAAUCCUAGAUGAUGGGCGCACCAUCUUCGUUUCCUUGGAUGAUGAGAUUGCGUUUGGAGUUGUCCCGCGGCCCAACAUGGCGCCGCUGGCAGUAAAUGUCUGGCGGCUUGCGAGCAAGAGGAAAGCCACAUCCCAGUCCUUCCGCAAGCCGAAGGAGACAAAGGCCAAAGCCACAGAAAGACCGAGCAAGCAGCGCGUGACUGCCGGCGAGGCGGCGCCUCAAAAGGGGGCGAAGUGGCAGGCCAAGAACAAGGCGGAAGCUCCUGCACCUGCGCCGGUGAGCAACGGCAAGGCCCCUUUGCGGAUGCUCGGCCUUGUCCAGAGGCAGAACAAAAAGACGGGUCGCUAUCAAGUGAUCUGCCAGGACAUCUCAGAUGUCUACGGACAGGAUGCUGAAAUAGCAGCAGAGGAGGUGCCGGAUGACCUGAAGCCGGGAGAUCGAGUGUCCUUCACAGUCGAAGAGCCCAAGCACAAUGCUGCCACGAUAUGGGCGCGGAAUGUGAAGGUCCUGGCUGCUCGAGGGGUGAAGCGGCACAGGCCAGUCGCGGCUGGAGAUGGCGAGGAGUUGGAUGGCAUGGACCAGCUGGAGGUGAAGGAGUGCGAUGGCCCAAGCUUGUUCAUGGCAGAGGAGCCAGCGCCACCAGCGGAGGAGGAAGCGCUCCUGGACUUCCAGGGGGGCCUCUACGACGACGACCCGAUCGCGGACUCCAUUGAGUUUCUGCAGGCUGAGCAGUGUCCCGAGACACCCACACCGAAGCCACCUUCCACACCAGAGGAGUGGCAGCUUGCUCAGGCCCGACUCUUCGGCUCUUUGCCCCCGCUCAAACCGAACUGGAUUCGAAUCCGGGCCAAGUCCACCGGCAAGGUCUACUACUACAAUAUGGUCUCGGGCCAUUCGACGCCUGAUGAACCACGACUCAGUGAUCGCUGA